AUGGUAUCUAUCUAUCUAUCUAUCUAUCUAUCUAUCUAUCUAUGUUGCUUCAUUAUCCAGCUAGCUAGCUUGCUAACGAGUUUUUUUUCCAUUUUCUUAUCUAUCUAUCUAUCUAUCUAUCUAUAUUGGUUUAUUUAUAUACUUCCUUUACUUCUUUCUUUCUUUCUUUCUUUCUUUCUUUCUUUCUUUUCUUUCUUUCUUUCUUUCUUUCUUUCUUUCUUUCUUUCUUUCUUUUCUUUCCCUUUCUUUUUCUUUCUUUCUUUUCUUUUCUUUCUUUCUUUCUUUCUUUCUUUUUUCUUUCUUUCUUUCAUUCUUUUCUUUCUUUCUUUUUCUUUCUUUCUUUUUCUUUUUCCUUUUUUCUUUCUUUUUCUUUCUUUCUUUUUUUUCUUUCAUUUCUUUCUUUCUUUCUUUCUUUCUUUCUUUCUUUCUUUCUUUUCUUUUCUUUUUCAUUCAUUUCUUUUUUUCUUCUUUUUUUCUUUUCAUUUCUUUUUUCUUUCUCUUUUUUUUUCUUUUUUUUUUCUUUCUUUUUCUUUCUUUUCUUUCUUUCUCAUUCAUUUCUUUCUUUCUUUCUUUUUUUUCUUUGUUUCCUUUUUUCUUUGUUUCUCUUUCUUUCUUUCUUUCUUUCUUUCAUUCUUUCUUUCUUUCUUUUUCAUUCAUUUCUUUCUUUCUCUUUUUUCUUUGUUUCCUUUUUUCUUUCUUUCUUUCAUUCUUUCUUUCUUUCUCUUUAUUUCAUUCUUUCUUUCUCUUUAUUUCUUUCUUUCUUUUUCUUUCUUUCUUUCUUUCUUUUUCAUUCAUUUCUUUCUUUCCUUCUUUCUCUUUUUUCUUUGUUUACUUUUUUCUUUCUUUCUCUUUCUUUUUCAUUCUUUCUUUCUUUCUCUUUAUUUCAUGCUUUCUUUCUUUCUUUCUUUCUCUUUCUUUCUUUCUUUCUUUCAUUCUUUCUUUCUUUCUCUUUAUUUCAUGCUUUCUUUCUCUUUCUUUCUUUCUUUCUUUCUCUUUCUUUCUUUCUUUCUUUCUUUCAUUCUUUCUUUCCCUUUCUUUCUUUCAUUCUUUCUUUCUCUUUUUUCUUUCUUUCUUUUCUUUCUUUCUUUAUUCUUUCUUUCAUUCAUUCUUUCAUUCAUUCUUUCUUUAUUCUUUCUUUCUUUCUUUCUUUCUUUCUUUCUUUCUGUCUUUCUUUCACCCUUCCUCUCUCACUCGUUUACUCUUUCCUCAAAAUGUUUUCUUGUGUUUCACCUUUUUUCUAAUUGUAUUUCCCUAACGUUUUCUUUCUUUCUUUCUUUCUUUCUUUCUUUCUUUCUUUCUUUCUUUCUUUCUUCUAAUUCUCGUUUUCAUUAUUUUCUCUUUUCCACAUUUUCUCUCUCAUGUUUUUAUCUUUCUUUUACAUUUUAUACUUUUUAUAUUUCGAGCACCUCUGAAUUUAUUCUUCUUGAAAUUUUUAGUACUUUGCCUGACCAGUUAAUGUUUACCCUCCCUUAUAAUAUAACCCGAUGA